AUGCAUAAGUUCCGGAUUUUCAAGCGAACUGACAGCGUUUCCUUUCCACUUGGACAAGAUUUUCUCUUCAGGGCCGCCCUCAUGCAUAACCAAAACCAAACGAAUGCUUCGUCUGUUGACGCUGCCCAGGCUCCGCAUAUCCAGCCUGGGCAGUAUCAACAUGAUGCUCGCCCUCCCUACGUGGCCAACUAUCCGCCGGCCGCAGCGGCUGGCAACCGCGAUGGACAAGCUCCGGUUUUGUCCAACCUCUUUGGUAAUUUGAAUAUUCAAAAUCAGCGUGGUAUAUCCAAGUACGGCACCCUGAAGGGGAACGUGCCUGUUGCAAUGCCUCCGAAUGUAGACAUGUCGGCGGCUCAUCGUCCUCCUUACAAUGGCCAAGUUGUCCUCCUUCCCAACGGCUCCAUGUUCGGUGGUAUGCCACCUGUUUCUCCAUUUGCAGUUCCGAGUCAAGAUCAGGUGGGUCAGAUUCCAUACCUACCCACCGUUUAUCCCAGCCUCAAUCCAGGUUGCUCCAUGGUCCCGGGAGCUGUGCAAGGUUACACCUGGCCAUACCUUGUGAACUAUGACAUGCAGGAUUUCUCCGGUCAAAGGAGAAGCCCCUGGAUUUCUGCCGAGGACCACAAAGGAGCUGGAUCUUCGGCAGCUGAGUCCGGCAGCUCAAUGGAGUACAUCCCUACCCCCCCUACCAUGGAUAACUCCACAUACUCGGGUUACGCUUACAACACCAUCCCACCGCAGCUAUCACAGCCAUGUCUUCCUCUUCAGAUGAUGAAAACAUCCAACGGGUAUAUCCUUCAGGACCUUGAGGCAUUAACGCAGCAGGAUCCUCCGAUUCCUCGUGCUGUGCCUGCAAUGUGGACCAACCCGUCAGAGCUGACCCUCGCCAAAUGUCUUGAGAACCGUGAAGGAAUCACCAAUGUUUACAUCCGUGGCUUUCUUCCCGAAACCACGGAUGAGAUACUGCAUUCUUAUGCGUCUCGUUUCGGGAAAAUUGACCGCUGCAAGGCCAUUGUGGACUUAGACACGGGCUUAUGCAAAGGAUUUGGAUUCGUUCAGUAUUUCAACUUUGAGUCCUGCGAGAAUUGCAUACGGGGCUUCUUCUAUCUUGGGUAUCAAGCCAGCUUUGCCCAGAAGUCUCGCAAUUCCCGCCUUAAAGACCUCGAAGAUAGGACCUCAACAAACAUCUAUUGCACCAAUGUUCCAAUCGACUGGACUGAAGCGGAUCUACGCCGCCACUUUGAACCAUACCGAGUCGUCUCGGAGAAGAUUAGUCGAGACGAAAAGACUGGCGUGAGUAAGGAAGUGGGUUUUGCCCGCUUUGAGACUCGCGAAGUCGCAGAAAAGGUGCUCUCUGAGUUCCAUAACGUUGUCGGAAAGGAUGGGGUGAAGCUGCUACUCCGCUUCGCAGACACGAAGGCUCAAAAGAUUCUGAAGCAGCAAAGCAAUGAGCGCCGUGCGUAUCGCGCAGGGGAGUACAAUUUCUCUGUUGAGGUAGUGCAAGGGACUACUCCAUCUCCUUCACUGCACCGUCUUCAGCAGACGGCAUCCCAUCUCAGUCCUAAUUCGCAGGUUAGCUAUACCUCUCCAAUGGGAGUGGGUUCCACUUGGACUCCAGCGACGUCAAUCUCCCCGUCCGGCGUCAUUGUGAAGAACCCGAUGAGCACCCGCCUCAAUGCUUGGUCGUCUCGUACUAGUCUCGCGACCCUUGAAAAUACCCCUGUCUACCGUGGCCGUGUCUCUUCCGCAAACCGCAGCUCCAUGGCCGAGACCAUCUCUGCAGAAUCCUCGAAGACAGCUGUUCCCGGUUCCCCUUGCGGAGAUUCCAAAUCCGUUGCAUCUAGCCCCCGAAAGGAAAAUAUCAAGGCCGGAUCCUUGUCUCCUAUCUCUUCCCGGAGGGAGGUAGUCAUCGGUACUCCGAGGUCGUCGAUUUGAAACUUCUCUUGGCUUCGAACCAGAAUUCACUAUUCAAUAUUUAUGUUACUGAGCAGGCCACAUUGUGUUGCCAUUAACCCAUUCUCAACAAUUACGACUCGAUAAAUUCAUAUACUCUAAAGAGACAGCAUGA